AUGCCGAUGCCCGGUGAGUACGACCCCGUUGAAUCCGACGAUAAGUCGGAGAACAACAUCCGCUAUGGGAGAAUUCCACAACGCGUCCCGCGUCGGUACAAGACCAUCAAGAAGGUGGAACUGUUCCACGGCAACUUCGUCCUGGACUCGGCCGUGCCAACAAAACUGUUGAGCAUGUGUCAACAGAAGGACGACCGCGAGUUCACGCACAUGCGGUACUCUGCGGCCACAUGUGAUCCGAACGACUUCAAGGACGACGGGUUUACCCUGCGGCAGGUGCAUUACGACCCGCCGCGGAGGACGGAGCUGUUCAUCGUGAUGACGAUGUACAACGAGGACGAGGAGCUUUUCUGCCGGACCAUGCACGGCGUCAUGAAGAACAUUGCGCACCUGUGUAAGCGCGACCGGAGCAAGACAUGGGGUAAGGAGGGCUGGAAGAAGGUCGUGGUGUGUAUCGUGUCCGACGGCCGUUUGAAAAUCAACUCGCGCACGCUGAGCGUUAUUGCCGCCAUGGGAGCGUACCAGGAAGGCGUGGCCAAGAACAAAGUGAACGGGAAGCCUGUGACGGCCCAUAUCUAUGAGUACACCACGCAGAUUUCCGUGACGCCGUCAAUGAAGCUCGAAGGAGCAGAGCGCGGCAUCAUGCCGGUACAGAUCAUCUUCUGCCUGAAGGAGAACAACCAGAAAAAGAUCAACUCGCACCGGUGGUUCUUUAACGCGUUCGGGCCGAUUCUCCAGCCCAACGUCUGUGUGCUCCUGGACGUCGGCACGAUGCCCGGACCUACGUCGAUCUACCAUUUGUGGAAAGCGUUUGACAUCAACUCAAACGUCGGAGGAGCGUGCGGCGAAAUCGUCGCGCUGAAGGGCAAGUAUCUGCGGAACCUGAUUAACCCCCUUGUGGCAGCGCAGAACUUUGAGUACAAGAUGUCGAACAUUCUUGACAAGCCUUUGGAGUCCGUCUUCGGCUACAUCACCGUUCUACCUGGCGCGUUCAGCGCCUACCGCUACAUCGCACUGCAGAACGACCAGACGGGCGAAGGCCCGCUGCAGAAGUACUUCCUCGGCGAGAAGAUGCACGGAGCUGGUGCGGACAUCUUUACAGCGAACAUGUACCUUGCGGAGGACCGCAUCUUGUGCUGGGAGCUGGUAUCGAAGCGGGGCGGCGCGUGGAUCUUGCACUACGUCAAGUCUGCCUACGCUGUCACGGAUGUUCCGGACCAGGUCCCUGAGCUGAUCAGUCAGCGACGUCGGUGGUUGAACGGCUCUUUCUUCGCCGCGAUCCACAGUACUGUAAAGUUCCACUACAUCUACCGCUCGUCACAUUCUUGGUUGCGCAAGUUCUGGAUCCACGUCGAACUGUUGUAUCAAUGUUUCAACCUGUUCUUUUCCUGGUUCGCUCUCGGAAACUACUUCAUUUCGUUCACCAUUCUGAGCGAAUCUUUGGAGGACCCGUCAUUCAACCUCGGAAACGGAAUCCACGUCGUCAACGUCAUUCUGGAAUACUUCUACCUCGGCCUGCUCAUCUUGUGCUAUAUCCUCGCGCUCGGAAAUCGGCCACAAGGCGCGAAAUGGGGCUAUACUCUGGCCUUCAUCGGCUUCGCGAUCAUCACGGUGUAUAUGACGAUCGUGGCGUUCUUCCUGGCCUUCAAGGGGGUUGACAACAUCAUCAAGACCGAUGGGCCUCUUACUCCAAGCUCACUCUUCACGAACUCGAUCUUCAGGAAUAUCGUUAUCUCAUUGUUGGCGACACUCGGCCUGUACAUCCUUGCCUCACUCAUUUUCUUCGAGCCAUGGCACAUGAUCACGUCGUUCGUCCAAUACCUGCUCAUGGCGCCUUCAUAUAUCUCGGUCCUCAACGUCUAUGCCUUUGCCAACGUCCAUGAUGUCUCGUGGGGCACCAAGGGCGACAACAAGGUCUCGACUGAUCUCGGCGUGGUAAAGACAGGGCCGAACAAGAAUGAAGUGGAGGUGGAGGUUGUGACAGGCGAAACGGACAUUAACGCGGCGUACGAGGACGCCAUCCACAUGCUGUCCACGAAGCCGCCCAAGGCGGACUCGAAGCCCGACGCCGCGACGCAGCAAGAGGACUAUUACAGGAGCUUCCGAACCAAUGUCCUGCUGUGGUGGACGCUAUCGAACGCGUCCGACAAGGGCGCGCACAACACCGUCAACGGAUACAUGGCCUUUAUCCUGUUCUCGGUCGCAGGUCUCGCGUUGAUUCGAUUCAUCGGCUCGACGACGUACAUGCUCAUCCGUCUCUUCGCCGGCGAAUAA